AUGGGAGAGGACCCUGGAGAGAAGGGCAAAGCUCUGAGUGAAUUCCCAGAGUUGAGGCACAUCCUGAAGGGCUUCCUGGAGAAGGUGGCAUUGGAGCUGGGCCUGGAGGAAGAUUCCGACUUGAAUAAGGAGAGUCUUGCCUCUCCUAACCACUCUGGGUCUCUUUGCGCUCUGUCCUCAGCCUCCAGCCGCUCCCACCCUGCCAGUCCCAGCCCACCCGGGCCUCCGGCCAGCCCGGUGCUGCCGGUCAGUUACCGCCUGUCGCACACACGUCUGGCCUUCUUCCUGCGGGAGGCGCGGCCCCCAUYGCCAGCAGUGGUCAACGGCUCCCUGCAGCGCUCCGAGCCCUUCGUGGUGUUCCAGACCAAGGAGCUGCCGGUGCUCAACGUCUCCCUGGGGCCCUUCAGCACCAGCCAGGUGGUAGCACGGGAGCUGCUGCAGCCCUCCAGCACCCUGGACAUCCCCGAGCGCCUGACGGUCAACUGGAAGGUGCGGGCCUUCAUCGUCCGCGCCCGGGUGCCCGCCUCGCAGCCCGUGGCGCAGGUGCUCUUCUACGUGGCCGGCAGAGACUGGGAUGAUUUUGGGGUCACCGAGCGCUUGCCCUGUGUCCGCCUGCACGCCUUCAGGGAUGCCCGGGAGGUCAAGAGCUCCUGCCGUCUCAGUGGAGGCCUGGCCACCUGCCUUGUGCGGGCCGAGCUGCCCCUGGCCUGGUUUGGACCCCCGGCCCCCGCGGUGCCCCCCAGYGCCCGCCGCAAGUCCCCCGAUGGGCUGGAGCCUGAGGCCGCGGGCGAGAGCCAGCAGGCUGAGCUCUACUACACCCUCCACGCCCCCGAUGCGGCGGGCGGCUGCGGGGGCUCACGGCGGGCACCUGGGCAGGGGAUGGGAGCGCGCGCUGAAAGCCCCACGCAGCACCCCUUGCUGCGCAUCGGGAGCAUCAGCCUCUUCCRCCCGCCACCCCGGAGGGCGCUGCAGGAGCACAGGCUGGACAGCAACCUGAUGAUCCGCCUGCCCGACAGGCCGCUCAAGCCGGGGGAGGUACUGAGCAUUCUCCUCUACCUGGCCCCCAACUCCUCCUCGCCCUCCAGCCCCAGCGUGGAGCAUUUCACACUCAGGGUGAAGGCCAAAAAGGGUGUGACCCUUCUAGGUACCAAGUCACGAAGUGUCCAGUGGCAUGUGACCUCAGAGCUGCUGACAGGGGCAAAGCACUCAACRGCCACUGUGGAUGUGGCCUGGGCCCAGGGCACUCCCCUGCCCCCCUGGGAGGGCCAGGGCCCCCUGGAGAUUCUACAGCUAGACUUUGAGAUGGAGAACUUCACCAGCCAUUCGGUCAAGCGGAGAAUCAUGUGGCACAUCGACUACCGUGGCCAYGGUGCCCUACCUGACCUGGAGCGGGCAGUCACCGAGCUGACGGUCAUCCAGCGGGAUGUGCAAGCCAUUCUGCCCCUAGCAAUGGAUACGGAGAUCAUCAACACAGCCAUCUUGACGGGCAGGACCGUGGCCAUCCCUGUGAAAGUCAUCGCCAUCGAAGUGACAGGCCUUGUGCUAGAUGUCUCCACCCUCGUGGACUGCGAGUCUGACAACGAGGACAUCAUCAAGGUUUCCAGCAGCUGUGACUAUGUAUUUGUGAGCGGAAAGGAGUCUCGAGGGUCCAUGAACGCCAGGGUCACCUUCCGCUACGACGUCCUCAGCGCCCCCCUGGAAAUGACAGUCUGGGUCCCCAAGCUGCCUCUGCACAUCGAGCUCUCGGAUGCUCGCCUCAGCCAAGUGAAGGGCUGGAGGGUACCUAUCCUCCCCGACCGCAGGUCAGCCCGGGAAAGUGAAGACGAGGAUGAGGAGGAAGAGGAGCGGCGGCAGAGCGUGAGCCGGGGCUGUACCCUACAGUACCAGCAUGCCACCCUGCAGGUCUUCACCCAGUUCCACACAACGUCGUCUGAGGGCACUGACCAGGUGGUCACCAUGCUGGGCCCAGACUGGUUGGUGGAGGUCACGGAUUUGGUCAGUGACUUCAUGCGGGUAGGCGACCCCCGAGUGGCACACAUGGUGGACAGUAGCACGCUGGCUGGACUGGAGCCAGGCACCACCCCCUUUAAGGUGGUGUCCCCACUGACGGAGGCGGUGCUAGGGGAGACGCUGCUGACAGUGACAGAGGAGAAGGUCAGCAUCACACAGCUGCAGGCCCAGGUGGUGGCCAGCCUGACCCUCUCCCUGCGGCCCAGCCCCGGAAGCAGCCACACCAUCCUGGCCACCACAGCCGCACAGCAGACCCUCACCUUCCCCAAGCAGGAAGCCCUCCUGAGCCUCUGGCUCUCCUAUAGUGAUGGCACCACGGCCCCACUCUCCCUUUACAGCCCACGGGACUACGGGCURCUGGUGAGCAGCCUGGAUGAGCGAGUGGCCACCGUCACUCAGGACCGGGCCUUCCCGCUGGUGGUAGCUGAGGCCGAGGGGGCCGGGGAGCUGCUCCGCGCCGAGCUCACGAUUGCCGAGAGCUGCCAGAAAACCAAGCGCAAGAGCGUGCUGGCCACGACCCCCGUGGGCCUGCGAGUGCACUUCGGGAGGGACGAAGAGGAUCCCACUUACGACUACCCAGGCCCYAGCCAGCCGGGACCCGGCGGGGGCGAGGACGAGGCCCGGGGAGCCGGUCCUCCAGGCACAGGGGGCCCUGCGCUGGCGGCCCCUGGACUGGGCACCUCCGCGGUGCCACCCACAGAGGACUUCUUGCCGCUGCCCACGGGCUUCCUGCAGAUGCCCCGGGGUCUGACCGAUCUGGAGAUCGGCAUGUAUGCACUGCUGGGCGUCUUCUGCCUCGCCAUCCUCGUCUUUCUCAUCAACUGCAUCGUCUUCGUGCUGCGCUACCGACACAAGCGCAUCCCGCCCGAGGGCCAGACCAGCAUGGACCACUCUCACCACUGGGUGUUCCUGGGCAACGGGCAGCCGCUUCGGGUGCAAGGGGAGCUCUCGCCGCCYGCCGGCAACCCCCUGGAGACCGUGCCCGCCUGCUGCCACGGGGACCACCACAGUAGYGGCAGCUCCCAGACCAGCGUCCAGAGCCAGGUGCACGGACGCGGCGACGGCUCCUCGGGCGGCUCCACCCGGGACCAGGCCGAGGACCCCGCCAGCUCUCCCACCUCCAAGCGCAAGCGGGUCAAGUUCACCACGUUCACUACGCUGCCCUCGGAGGAGCUGGCCUAUGACUCUGUGCCAGCCGGCGAAGAGGACGAGGAGGAUGAAGAGGACCUGGGUUGGGGCUGCCCCGACGUGGCGGGCGCCAAGCGGGCCACUCCGCCCCCGGACCUGCACAAUUACAUGCGCAGAAUCAAAGAGAUUGCUUAG